ACGGGGUGACAAACAUUGGACAGGGGAAACAAACAAAAAUCAAUCAUGAAGGUCCAACUACUUCUUAAAUGUUUAGUUUCACCCAAGCUAUUUACUUUUUGGUUAGAAAUUUUUGGUUGAAAUAGUCAUAACCCUGUUGCUGCUUACCAUUGCGUGAGUGGCACCUUUCUACAAAGCGCGAGACGUUCACGAGUGAAAAGUAGGGGCCUAAGUAAACCUCUCUCUCCAUCCAGAUUUACCAUACGAUAAUAGGUUGGAUUACAAAAAAUAAAGAAACAUUCUCCAUUUAACAAGUUGUCAUACGUGGCAGACUAGGACGAUUCUGUUUAAGUUAAACUUGUUCAAAAUCGAAGCUUUCUACCACAAACGUUAUCCUGUGCUGCCUGUCUUAAUUCAGCUAACCUUAGCUAGCUAGCUAAGUUAGUUAAGUUACGGAAGUCACCAAAAAGAAAGGACAUAUUCUGCCUUCCAGUGUGUGGCAUGGCUGUGUAUGGUGGAGUAAGACAAAGGGAUGCAGGACCAGGGGGAUGCAUACCCAGCCUAUCUGAUGAUGAGGAGGAGUUGUCAUCUGAGAUCUACUUAAGUGUGCUGGUCCAUAACGGAAAGUUGGGCCUCAGUUUCUAUGACAGCAGAGACUACACCCUGCACUAUAUGCCGGACACUGUGGACAACAGUGACCUUCUGCUUCUUGACAAAGUGGUGCAGGAGGUCUGUCCGAGUGUCCUCAUCACCAGUGCCAAGCAAGAGCACAGCAUGGCUCAAUUCAUCAAGACAGUCAGUGCAAGCUCUGACUACAAGCCUGAGAUUGUCCUGUAUCCCAAUGUUGAUUUUGGACUGGAGGUGAGCAAGCAGAGGCUACUCUCAGCCCACCUUCCCUCUCUCCCUCCCUCCAUCACAGAGAAAGAGAGACUUCCUUAUCUGUCCUCUUGCCUCCCCUUUGACUGCACCCUUAUGCUGCGGUCUGUAGGUGCUCUGCUGAAAUGUUUGGACAGGAGAAGAGUUGGGGUGGAGCUGGAGGACAACAGUGUUGGAGUUCCUAUUUUUCAGUUCCAGAUCUACACAUUGAAAGAUGUGGUGCACGUGGACAGAGACACUUACAGUGUGCUCCAGAUAUUUAAAUCCGAGCCACAUCCAUCUGUGUACAAGCUGCAGUCUGGGGAGAAGGAGGGACUCAGUCUUUAUGGCAUAUUAAAUCUCUGCAAGUGCAAAUUUGGAUCGAAACUUCUUCGUCAGUGGUUCCUUCGGCCCACCAGAGACCUGACUGUGCUGAGCAGGAGACAGGAAGUGGUGCGUUUCUUCACUUCUCCACGGAACUCUGACGCUCUCCACACCCUGCAGGGCUGUCUCCGGAACGUCAGGAGCAUUCCGACCCUGCUACACCGGAUGUCUCUCUCUCACACCAAAAUCAGUGACUGGCAGUGUCUCUAUAAGACCGUGUACAGUGCAGUGUGCAUCAGAGACACAGUACGCUCUCUGCCUCAGUCUGUCCAGCUGUUUCAGGAGAUCAGCGACACUUUCACGGACGAUCUGUUCUACAUCGCCUCUCUCAUUAGCAAAGUGGUGGACUUUGAAGGCAGUUUGGCAGAAAAUCGCUUCACCAUCAAACCCAAUGUAGACCCCGCCAUUGAUGAAAAAAAGAGAAGGAUGAUGGGAUUGUCAGACUUCCUGACUGAUGUGGCUCGUAAAGAGCUGGAGAAUCUGGACCCCAGGAUCCCCUCCUGCUGUGUCAUCUACAUCCCUCUGAUAGGGUUCUUGCUGUCAGUUCCACGCUUGCCUUGCAUGGUUCAGAAGGAAGACUUUGAGAUCGAGGGCCUUGAUUUCAUGUUCCUUUCAGAGGAGCGACUGCACUACCGCAGCCAGAGGACCAAGGAGCUGGACGACAUGCUGGGGGACCUGCACUGCGACAUCAGAGACAUGGAGACGGCGGUGAUGACGCAGCUGCAGGCGGCGGUGCUGCAGCGCGGCGGGGUCCUGUACGCGGUGCUGCGGCUGGCCGCCGAGCUGGACUGCCUGAUGGCCCUGGCACAGGCCUCCCAGGAGCACGGCUACUGCUCCCCCGCGCUGUGCCCCCGCGGCCGGCUGUCCCUCACCCAGGCCAGGCACCCCCUGCUGGAGCUCUGCUCCCCCGUGUUUGUGGCCAAUCCGCUGCUGAGCUCCGAGACCGAGGGGAAGGUGAAAGUCCUGACCGGGCCCAACUCCUCAGGAAAGAGCAUCUACCUGAAACAGGUGGGUCUGAUCGUUUUCAUGGCUCUGAUUGGCUCUGAUGUGCCAGCGAAGGAGGCAGAGAUAGGCUUGAUUGACAGCAUCUUCACCCGCAUGCAUAGUCGAGAGUCUGUGUCACUGGGACUGAGCACCUUCAUGAUCGAUUUAAACCAGAUGGCCUACGCUUUAAAUAACUGCACUGGAAACUCCCUGGUCCUAAUCGAUGAGUUUGGCAAAGGGACCAACACAGUAGACGGCCUGUCUCUCCUGGCCUCCUGCCUCAGGCACUGGGUGAAGAAGGCCCCAGCGCAGUGUCCUCACAUCCUGCUGGCCACCAACUUCCACAGCCUGCUGCAGCUGGGCCUGCUGCCUCCCUCGCCCCUGCUCUCUCUGCUGACACUGGAGACAGCAGUAGAUGGUGACGAGUUGGUCUUCCUGUACCAGCUGAGAGAAGGCGUGUGCCAGUCCAGCUUUGCUGCUAACAUCGCUACUCUGGCCGGCCUGCCCCAGGCUGUGGUGCACAGAGGGGUGGAGGUAUCAGAGCUGUACAGAGCAGGCAAAGCCAUUAAGCGCAUUGACCAGCCCUCUACGGAGGAGCACACAGGCAGGUGUUUGAAGGUAGUAGAGAAGUUCCUCAGCCUGGACCUGGAUGACUCCUCUGUGGACCUGCAGCUCUACAUGAAGAAGGAGCUACUGCCCUCUGUAGGAGAGUUACUGUAGUGCUAUUCCCUGAGCACACUGUAUUCACUCCAUGUGGUCGGUGGUUCCAAGCCCGCGGACGCCCACUCGAUGGUGCUGUGCUUGUGUUGCUGGCUGGUUGUGAGGCAGGGCUUUGUGCUACUAUGUGCACAUGAUGAAUUUAAAUCACGAGUGGUCAUCUGAUCUCAAACUCCCACUAUCCAGUACUGAAUACAAGAUUGUCCUUCAAAAUAUUAACACAUAUGACUGAUCAGUUAGUUGGUCAAACCAUAGGUGUAUUGAUGCAAAGAAAUUGCAUGAAACACAUUAAACCGGUUGGUUGGUUUGUUCUUCCAAUGUACGGCUGAUAUUGUACAACUUUUGAAUUUUUCCGUUUUUUACAAUUUUGUUAUAUUGUUGUUAUGAUGUCUAAGUCCCAUCAAAAUGUGUGUUUAGGAACUUAGGAAUUUAGCUUUUAAUUUGGUUGAUUUUGUUCAUUUUCAUUUAAUACACAGGUGGGAUGUGUUACAGGCUGUUCAAACUAAAAUGUGAGACCUGACAACCCCUGGCCUUCAGCUGCAGAAUGCUAUGCAGCUAGCCUGUGCUCGGUGGGAGAAAGCACAUUUGAUUAGGCCUGUCUGUGUUAUUAUUACACCCAUUAACAGAGCAAUGGUGGUUGGCUAAUUUGCAUCUUUGCCAUUGUGAUCCAUUAAAACUAUCCCAAUUGGAUUUAUUGGGUUAUUUUGGACAUUAAAAUGAGAUUUAAA